CACUGCGUCACGGCGUGAUGUGCGUUCUCUCGUUCCGCAUGGCCAAAAGUCAUGGACGAGCAAACAUGCUGCAGUGUUUGCUCUCGCACUCGGUCAAAUGUGCCCUAAAACGCAGUGAGUUUAUUUCAAGAGAAGGGGUGCUACUAGCAGGUUAGACUCUGCCUCUAUUUGAGGCUGCUCAGAAACUGGACACCACACACAAGUCUGCAGUCAAGACAAACAGGUCUGUUUGGUGUUUUUUUUCUCUGACGUGUAAAACCAUUGACAGCUUUUAGUUUCCAUCAACCCAAAAAUGGCAGAUUUGACAUUGUGUUGCUGAUUGCUGUGGGACUAGUGGACACGAAUUUGGACUCCAAAGCAAAGUGGACCUUCUCAUUAUCACGUACCGGCGUUGACCUCCUCUGACCCAAGUGUUAGAAUGGCCUCAAGACAGGGAGACAUGCCAGCACUCGAAUCUGGAUCAUCAUCCAGAUUCUUCGGUGCACCUUUGCCUCCUAUUGGAUUGACCCGGCACAACAUGAGCUACGACGAGCACAUGGAUAUCCCGAUGCAUUCCCCUCCUCCCGACGUGACCCUUAACAGCCUUUGGAAAGACCCCGUCAUCCCACAGCACAAAUUUAGGAAAACUGCAGAGGAAGGGGAGAGCGGCGCAAAGAUGAUGACUUUGGAGCGACUGGAGCCAGCUAUGUCCCCUGUCCCUGUUGUGAAAGCCAAAGCAAGUUCUUUUAUGAGCUCCCUCGCCAACAAGCACACCCAAGAGAGCCUCCAAAGCUUUGAGCACCAGGCAGGGUUGACCGACACUGGCUAUACCCCCCAUAAGGGCCUCUCUGCUGAGGAGACGCGCUUCCACCGUCUGGCUGACAGCACAAAACUUAAGCUGAGAAUGUCAAUCGGGGACUUCAAGGACGACAGGCUUACAACAUCAGCACAAUCCACCCCAAGUGGCACCCCCUCCGUCACGCCCUCGGUCACCCCCUCUGUCACACCAUCUGUCACCCCCUGCGUCAGUCCCCUUGCAUCACCCGCAGUGAGUCGCAGGAGCUGGUUCCAGCGGAGUCCUGCACCCUUUCUUGCACCGUUAGAGUCUAACAGUCCCAACUACACAUCAGACAUGGGAGGAAACCAAGGAGGAGAGGACAGGUGGAGCUUUUUUGGAACUCGCCCUGUGGUACAGAAGUCCCCCACUCACCCAGGGUCUGACACCGGAACAGUGGAUCCUGACAACGUGGAGCAGUGACAAAAAAUCCACAAUCGCCGACAAAGAAGACAGCACAGGCUCAAAGGCUAAUUUCCCUCGAGACAAAAGUGACAGCGUGACAACAAAAGAGUCUGACAAAGUGUGUGACGAAGGAAUUAUGAGGCGUUCGAUUCCGACACUGAAGAAGACGAGGAAGGUGAAGACAGCAAUGAAUGACUUUUCUGGUAGGCUAUUGUUUAACUAGCCGAGUUACACGCACUGUUUGGAAAAAGGCAUUUGAUUAAAAGUAAAAAAAAAUCUUUGUAUGUAAUAUUGUUCUUUGUACUAAAAAUCCCACGGUACAACUGGGACACCUGUGGCUUAUAGACACGUGUGCUCAGUAGUUUGGAAAUGAUGGUAAUAAGAUUUGUAAAUGUCUUUCACUACAUUGCUUUUGAUUAUGCAUACGUAGUACAUAUUGUUCACAUUGGAUUCGAUCUGGAAAAAUAAGUAGGGUUGGGCACUAGUCUCAAUCAUCAAUGGGAACCGGGAAUAGCAUUCCGAUUCUGCCGGGUUUGUUCAAAUGUUAUAAUUUAGAUACCUAGUUUUGAUGCCCAGUCCACCGACCAGAACAAAUGGCCGCAAACAUCAACGAAAAAGCUGGCGAGUGCCAACAAAGAAGAAGCAGUGACUACAGUGUUUGGCUUAACUUGAUUUAAAAAAAAAAAAAAAAAAGAGGUUGGCUUGGUGCAACUUUUGCAACACAGUGAUAUCAUGCAGUGCCCCAUCUUUGACACUCUCCGUCAGACUUCCUCUAAGCAGUCAGAAUCAGGGAAGUCAAACAAGAAAUGACGUCUGUCUCAUGCCAUUGUUUCCGAGGGUUUCAGGAUGUCGUGGAAGUUCAUUGCUAAUAAAGGACAGGAGUCACGACUGCAGGGUGCAAGCUUAUCCAUGCACAUGUAUGUAUUCAUGUAUGUGAGCGUGUCUCCUUUAGCAAAAGUCAAGAGACCUUCUCAACCCCCACAACAAACUUCUGGACUUCAAAAUAAAAAUGUGCACUAUAUACUGUUUACUUGUCAUAACAAAGUAAGGAUUGGAGCCCUCUAGAUGUGAAAUAACACCGAUAAAGUCACCUUUACACUCAUAUUACACAAUGUAGUAGAUAGAAUCAAAGAAAAUAAGACAUAUUAAACAUAAAUAAGAUAACAGACUCACACCUUAGCAGUUUCUUAUUUUAUCUGGACAGUACUUCCUACGGCGGCUAUCAGUGUAUUGUAAUGACAGCUUUAAAUGGCUUUACACUCAUAUUACCUAAUAUAGUAAACAUGAUAAGAUUAAAUAAGCCAUUUAAGACGUAAAUAAACUCCUGCUUGCGUAUGUCACAGUAAAUAUGUUCCACGGGGGACCUUAGUGGUGGGUGGACAAAGGUGUGGCGGACAAGAAGUGACAUCAGAGGUUCAGAGUUGAGUUUUAGCCUGUUGUGGCUUAUGGCCCCAACAGUAGUCCUUUAUUAUUAUGAUUAUUAUUUUAUUUUUAUUGUGCCUGUGAGAUAAUUUAAACAUUUUCUGGCGUGACUGAACAAUCACUGACACCCAGUGGCCAAUGUAGAGUACUACAUUCAAAGGACAGGAGCCAUGGCUGCAGGAUGCAAGUUUAUUCAUGCACAUGUAUGUCAGCGUGUCUCUUGUAGCAAAAGUCAAGAGACCUUCUCAACCCACACAACACCCUUCUGGACUUCAAAAUAAAAGUGAUGUGCACUGUAUACUUACAUGUAAUAACAAAGUCAGGGUGUCAUAUGGUAGCUCAAGAUUCAUAGACAAACCUUUGCCAACUUGUUUGUUAUUCUGCACCCAGGUAAGUGCAUGUUUAAGUGGCUGCAGCAUCACACACUCAACUACCACAAAAACAACGGCAUAUGUGGAAAGGUUUUUUCAUUCGCUUUUUAAAAGUAAACAUCUUGUGAAAAUGUACUCCUGUGAAAAUAGAUCUGUGAGAAAUUCAUUGUAAAGUUGAUUAAAAGUUCAUAUCGUAAAAAAAACAUGGGGAAGUUCAGACCGUUCAUUCAAAAAUAACUAGUUACCCCCCUCAUUUAAACCAUGCAAACAUUUAUGACCCUACCUCCCUAGAGGCAUCGGAAUCAAGAAGGAACUGGAAUCGAAACGGGAAUAGUUCAAAUUCAGACAAUUCACAAACCUACAAAUGAGUUUUUUAUAAAAUGUACAGUCUACUUUCACAGUUCGAACGUCACUCUCUCAUUCUCGCGGUUUUUCAAAAAUGAAUUAAUAAAUGAUCGCUGUUUUGUGGUUGACCCAUAUGAUAAAAAAAAGUCAUGUAGUAUUCUGGUCAGUAGGCAUCAGUCAUGUUAUAGUGAUGACACAUGACCUUAAAUUACAUUACCUUUUUUUAAUUAUUAUUUUUUUAAAUUUAUUUAUUUUUAUUAUUAUUUAAAAAAAUAAAUUUUAGUAAUAAAAAAUAAAUAAAUAAAUAAAUUACCUUCACAGAGUCAGCUAUCAUGUCCAACAUGAUAGCUUGAAAAAAAGUUCCCCUCCCAUUUCAUGUAGAAGUGAUACAUUUUUGGCUUCUUCCUUUUUCCUUCUUCCCCACUCCGUUUAAAACCCUUAAAGUUUAGAAUAAAUACAUUGGAGUCUAAGCUAGUUAGCUUGCUAGCCUGCCAUGCUUAAAGCUGUGGCCAUCUCUUGUAUCUCUGCAGUGAUCCCACAGCCUGCACAAUGUGGUGUAAGCAAAUCAAAAUAGGAGUAUAAAGGUUACUAUAGGGGUGUUAUUUCAUAUCUACAGAGCUCUAAUAAUGAUGGAAAAAAAGUGUAUUUAGAGAGUCAUAAACAGGUUUUCUAUGCUCUAACUACUAAAAAAAAACUGACUUAUCUCGGUGGUGUCUGGAACCAAUUAACUGCGAUAAACGAGGGACCAAUUUUAGUAGAUUUAUCAUCAAAAGCCUUGUUUUAACACUUUGCCUUUCUUCCUUUCCU